AUGAGAAUGCUCGCGUAUGGCAUCACAGCUGAUUUUUGCGAUGAUUACCUAGAUAUUGCGAAGACCACUGCCAUUGAGAUUUUUGAGCACUUCACAAAAGCAAUCUGGAAUGUGUACCAUGAGACUUACCUCCGCCGACCAACACAGGCAGAUUUGCGACGGCUGCUUGACAAAGCUGCAGAACAGGGAUUCCCGGGGAUGGUUGGUAGCCUUGAUUGUUUCCUGAAUGAUAUUAAUGUCCUUGGAUGUUCACCGUUGUUCAAUGACGUAUGCACCGGUGAAACCCCUGAAGUGAACUACCAAGUACAUAAUAGGCAUUAUCGUCAAUGUUAUUACCUAGUUGAUGGCAUAUACCCUAAGUGGGGGUCAUUUGUACAAGCAAUCAGAAACCCGAGGUCGCCGCAGACACAACAUUUCACAAGGAUGCAGGAAGCAUACAGAAAAGACGUGGAGAGAGCAUUUGGUAUUCUCCAAGCUCGUUAG